AUGCCUACAAAUACCUCUUCCCCUUCAUAUACCACCACCUCCACUUCGCCGACGACAACCCCCUCAUCCGUCUCAGUCGGCAAUGAAAGCUUUAUCACGAGUUCGACUACAAGCACCUCGAGUCCUCGAAGCAGCGAGGCGCUCUCGGCCACUCGACUCAACGACUGGCUGAGCCAGUCAUUCAAAGACGAGCCUUGGAACGCACUGAGGAGUGCACGAUCUUGA